AUGGCGUCAAAGUCUUUCGGCCUUCUCUCCUCGGACAGUUGUUUUUUUUCUUUUUCUUUGUUCUUUUCACUUAUAUUCUUCCUUUUCCGUAUGACCUUCUCUUUCUUCUUUUUUUUUCUUUUCCAUAACCGCUCUCUUCUUCCAGCUUUCUUUUUUUUUUUCUUUAUCUCAUUUUCUUUCUUCUUUUUCUUAAACUUGUUCCUAUUCCGGGUCAUUUUCUUGUCUUCUUCUCCUUCUUCGUCUUUUUCUUCUUCUUCCUCUUCUUCCUCCUCUUCUUCUUCUUCUUUUUUAUUCUUCUUCCUGUUUUUCUUCUUCUUCUGUAUUCUUCUUUAUUCUUCUUCCUCUUCUUCUUUAUUCUUCUUCCUCUUCUUCUUUAUUCUUCCUCUUCUUCUUCUUUAUUCUUCUUCCUCUUCUUCUUUAUUUUCUUCCUCUUCUUCUUCUUCUUUAUUCUUCUCUUUUCUUCUUUUAUUCUUCUUCCUAAAAAGUUUCCCCUUCUUCUUCUUCUUUAUUCUUCCUCUUCUUCUUCUUUAUUCUUCUUCCUCUUCUUCUUCUUCUUUAAUCUUCCUCUUCUUCUUCUUUAUUCUUCUUCCUCUUCUUCUUCUUUAUUCUUCUUCCUCUUCUUCUUCUUUAUUCUUCUUUAUUCUUCUUCCUCUUCUUCUUUAUUCUUCUUCCUCUUCUUCUUUAUUCUUCUUCCUCGUCUUCUUUUUCUUUAUUCUUCUUCCUCUUCUUCUUCUUCUUUAUUCUUCUUCUUUAUUCUUCUUCCUCUUCUUCUUUAUUCUUUAUUCUUUAUUCUUCUUCUGCUUCUUCUUCUUCUUCUUCUUCUUUAUUCUUCUUCUUUUUUCUUUAUUCUUCUUCCGCUUCUUCUUCUUAUUCUUUAUUCUUCUUCUUUAUUCUUUAUUCUUCUUCCGCUUCUUCUUCUUCUUCUUUAUUCUUCUUCCUCCUCCUCCUCUUCUUCUUAUUAUUAUUAUUAUCAUCAUCAUCAUCAUAAUUAUUUCUUCUUCAUCUUUUUUCAAUCCACUACUCUUCGUUUGUCUCCCUCUUUCAUAUUACGUGCUGCCAAGUUUUACCAUUCAUCAUCCUUCUUUUUCUGAAUGUCUAGAAUCCUCACCACCUUUUUCUUUUAUUUUUUCUACUUUUUCUUAUUUUUCCCCCUUUUCCCGGCAAUUCAUUUUUUUUCUCUCCUGUUUCUUUUUUUCCAAACCGUCUUUCAGACAUUCUCUUAUUUCAUCUUUCUGUUUUCUUUUUCCCAGCAUCGCUUUUCCAAUCUUGUUUUAUUUACCUUCUAUUUUUUUUCUCUCUGAAUUCUUUUUGAGGCAUCAUGCGGCGUUUUGUACAAUUUGUUAUGGCUUUUCUUUAUUGUCUUUACAUUCUAAUCAUAAUUUCCUUCGUUUGUUCUAUCUUGCUUUUCAUGGUUAUUUUUUCUUUUCUCUUUUAUUAUUGAAUAUAUUUUCUUCUUCAUUUUUAGGUAUAGACCUGCUUUUCUUCAUCAUAAUUUUCUUUUGUAGGUUAUUUAUUUCUCGUUUUCUUCUUUAG